UAACCCAAUAAUUGCAUUCUGUAUUAUUUACUGGUAUCUUAUAGCCUACUUUGUCAUUUUCUGAUAAUUUUGGAUAUACUUUGUAGAUUAUUCAAAGUAGUAUACUAACGUAUAUUCUGAAUAAUCAUAACUCUAAGUGUUGAUGUGCUUAAUUCUUAAAUUACAAUACUUUUGUACCUACCCUAGACUUCUACAUUUUGGUCUUUCUACUCCUUUUUGAAUGUAAAGAUUCUGACCUCACAUUGGAACUUCUUGCUUACUACAUUCUUCAACCAUCUUACUGAUUAUGUUUCUGCUUCUUCUUCGUUUUUGCUUCAGAGAAAAUCCAAACAUCAUGAACCGCGACCGGGUCUGUAUGUCUGCUGGUCUGCGGUCUCUUUUUGUUUUCUUAUUAAGUCCUAAUUGAGUGUCUCUAUGGUGUCACGAGCCUGAGCUAAACGGAGCAAAAGCGCGUGCAGCGCAGACACACAUGCACGCACAUACAUUCGCACACUGCUCCUCCUCUCUUUAUAGAGAUGUAGGAGGAGGUGAUUACAGAGUCUAUAAAGACCCUCACCCUCUCUGUAAGCUUUAUUUCAGCUCCUCAGAACUUCUGUUAGCACUUUAAUAUUUUCUUGGUUUAAACUUAGUCCUAUUUUAACAAUAGAAAAACACAAACAACUUGCAGCCACCUUGGAUUGUUUUAUUUUUAAGUUCAAAAGAAAAAGUGGAGAUUUUAUUGCAGAAUAUCCCUAUUUUAGGACUUUUAAAACUUUAGUUCUCCUGGUGGCCCAGCUCCUCCCUUGCCUCGGUUCUCCUUCCUCUGGUCCCCGCCAUGGGCUCCGUUCUGCCCGGCUCCUCUCUGGGCCUGAAGCCGGGCUUCAAGCCGCAGCAGCAGCCGCUCUCUCUGGCGGAAAUCAUCACCUCGGACAUCUUGCACAGCUUCCUGUACGGCCGCUGGAGGCACGUGCUAGGCGAGCAGCAUCACCACCACGCGUCCCACCAGCAUCACCUGCAGCUCGAGGACCGCACCGCCCCGAGCGCGAGCCCCAAGACCGCGUUUACCGCUGAGGUGCUCGCGCAGUCCUUCUCCGGAGAGGUGCAGAAGUUGUCCAGUCUGGUUUUGCCCAGCGAGGUGAUCAUCGCUCAGAGUUCAGUCCCAGGUGAAGGUUUGGGAAUUUUCUCUAAAACAUGGAUUAAAGCAGGAACAGAGAUGGGACCAUUCACCGGACGCCUGAUCUCCCCUGAACACAUCGACCUGUAUAAGAACAACAACCUUAUGUGGGAGGUGUUUAACGAGGAUGGCACGGUUCGGUAUUUCAUCGAUGCGAGUCAGGAGGAUCAGAGGAGCUGGAUGACGUACAUAAAGUGUGCGAGGAACGAGCAGGAGCAGAACCUGGAGGUGGUUCAGAUUGGCAGCAGCAUCUUUUACAAGGCUGUGGAGACGAUUCCUCCGGAUCAGGAGCUGCUGGUCUGGUACGGAAACUCCCACAACACCUUUCUGGGAAUCCCUGGAAUUCCAGGAGGAGAUGAAGAACAGAGCAAGAAGACCAAGAGUGAUGAGUUCCAUACCUGUGAAGGCUCCUCUUCUACCUCCUCCUCCUCCUCCUCCUCCUCCUUGUCCUCCUCUUCGUCCUCCUCUAGUUUGGGUCGUAUGCGCUGUGUGAUCUGCCACCGCGGAUUCAACUCCCGCAGCAAUCUGCGCUCUCACAUGCGCAUCCACACGCUCGACAAACCUUUCGUCUGCCGCUUCUGCAACCGGCGCUUCAGCCAGUCGUCCACACUGAGGAACCAUGUGAGGUUGCACACCGGGGAGCGUCCUUACAAGUGCCACGUCUGCCAGUCGGCGUACUCACAGCUGGCCGGGCUGAGGGCGCACCAAAAGAGCGCCCGGCAUCGGCCCACUGGAGAUGGAGGGGCUGCAGGAGGGAGCGUGGUUGUCCACUCGGCCCACUCUCCUCCUCACCCACCACAGCUGACAGCCAUGCCUCACCCUGCGUCACUGGUUCACCAUAUUCCAACCAUGGUGCUGUGAAAAAGACCGAACCCACAGACAAAAAAAACACACUCACUCACACACACACACACACACUCACACACACACACACACACACACACACACACACACACGCACACACACACACACACACACACACACACACACACAGAAAGACAGACA